AUGGCCCACUACUCCCAGCGUCAAGACAUUCUUCCCCUCACCGGUGGUUGUGCCUGCGGUCUCAUCCGCUACCAGCUCUCACUGCAUCCUCUUCUCGUCCACUGCUGCUACUGCACCGCCUGCCAGCGCCAGACCGGUUCUAUCCUCGCCAUUAACGCCAUCGUCGAGUCCACGGCCCUUACUCUGCUCCCCUCAGCACCACCCACCUUCGCCGGCACGCCUUCCAACCCGGAUCCCACCCCUGGCGGUGUCCAACCUGCCUUUGCACGCAUCACAUCAGCCAAAUCUGCUGUCCGCGAGCCUCGGCCCGAAGCAAGGACCUUAUCCGUGUGCCUCCCAACUGAAUCAGGCGUGGGACAGACAGUAGUUAGCUGCCCAGCAUGCCACACAGGUUUGUGGAACAAGUAUGUGGACGGCGGGCCGCAUCUAUCAUCCAUACGUGUUGGGACACUUGAUAAGCCCUGGGAAAUCCAACCCGAUGUGCAUCUUUUUACGCGCAGUCGACAGAGCUGGGUGGCCAUCAACGACGACAAGCCAUCCUUUGACGAAUACUAUCCUAAACGGGAGGAUCUGCUCCGGAAGGACGCUCGCAAGAGAUAUGAGGCUCUCCAGCUAAAGAUCGCUGAGAUGCGGGCUGAGUUGAGAGCCGGCUGGGAAUGA